CCCUUCCCUUACAUUAGUCAGGACGGUCACACUUUGCCUUUGUUUUGAUUAUUAUACUAUUCAUAUUUUUUGCAACUAUCAAUACGCAUUUAAGUUACUCUAAAUUUAUCUGAAAGGAUGUCCAACGCCGGCUACAGCCAGCUGCCCAUUGGCAGUGGCGACCACGAGCGACGACAGGCUCAGUUGGUGGCCAACACCUACGACGUGCUUCAACGGACGGGGGAGAGUAUCCAACGCUCUAACCAGAUUGCCAUUGAAACUGAGAAUAUGGGGGCGGAGGUUCUGGGCGAGCUGGGAGAGCAGCGGGAGUCUCUAUUGCGCACCACACGCCGAUUGGAGGAUGCCGACGAGGAUCUUUCCAAGUCUCGAGCCAUCAUUCGGAAGCUAAGCCGGGAGGUGCUCUAUAACAAGAUCAUUCUAAUACUCAUUAUCGUGCUGGAAGUGGGCAUCCUUAUCGGGCUGCUGGUGCUUAAAUUCGUGCACCUGUAGCUCUGAAGGUUAUUCUAUUCCAAAGACACGCAAGAUGGUGGUCGUAUUUAAAUCGUUAUAACUUGUAUCCAUAUUGCCUUAACUGUAAGCUACUAUAUAAUAAUAAAUUUUUGUUUUUUCUCACAAAAAAAAAACAAAUUUAUUAAUUAUGAUAUACCCGGCUAUAAAUCGGGCUAAUGAUUAUGUUUAUUCAAUGUUUGGUAUAACGUCAAUGCCUUAGACACCUAAAAUAUGUAUUUGAUAAUAAAACACAGAUAAAAUUGGA